AUGGCUGUUUGUGGCUUGUUCUCCAACCUCCAAAUUUUCCCUCACUUUCUCGUUUCCCCUCCAUCUUCCCACGGAUUUUCGCGCACUUUUCCUGCCACGAGUCCCAUACGCAGAGCCUUCCGAGAAUGGCGGGAGUACGAGGAGGCGGUGAAGCGGAAGGAUCUCGCCGGAGCCCUGAGGUUCUUGAAGUCCCUCGAAGCUGAACGCCCACGCCCAGUGGAGCCACUUCUCGACAGCGUUUCUCUGGCAACCGAGUCGACUCGGCUCCGGUUCCUCGAGUUAGAACGGUUCGGUCCGCAGAGGGAUUGGGAGGUUCUCGACACGUGCUUGAACGCUGAUGACAUGAAGCUUGUCGCUAACGCUUACAGGUUCCUCAGAGAUAGGGGUUUCUUGCCCAAUUUUGGUAAAUGCAGAAACAUUGGUCAUAUUCACAUCACCCACUCUGCCAACUUCUACGCCUCCCCAAAAUUCCCCCCUCCUCUCGUUCCCCCCUCCCAUAUUCCCUCCCUGUCACCAAAUCAGCAUCUUCUUCCUCCAAGUCUUGCAUGCCACAAGUCCAUUUAA